ACUAUAACUUUCAUCACAUUUGAGUCAUAUAGAUUGGCGGCAUAUUGAUAACUUGUUUCUUUCGUUUAUCGUUGACGUUGGGCCAAAUGAUACCAAAAACCUUCGUCUGUACGAAUUGUGAGUGUGUGCGAGCCCGUUGCGGUGGGAAUCAUUAAAAUGCUCAAAAUCAUUUUAGAAGAGAAGAAAACGACACAUUGUUGUUCAGCGGUUACAACAACUUUCCAAAACCAAGGCAGAGCAAGUCACAGAUUCUUCCCAUAAAUCCAAAGGCCAGAGACAGCUAUUUUCAGUUGUGAUUUGAUGGUGGCCGGUGCAAACACCAACCAGACAAUAGAAAAAUCAGAUAGCAGAUAUAUUAACAAAUACACAAACUAGUUCUCUUUAAAAACAUAUUGACGAUUUGACGCUUGAUUCUAGUCUAGUUUGAAUGGGGCUAUUGAGCGCAGCCUUAAGCCAGGUAUCUUAAAGAAUGCAAUGUAUUUGCCCAGCCACUGCAAAACGACAACAACAUAGUAACAAAACAACAAAUAAGAGAUAAGGUUCUCGGCUCGCCCAUGUUUUGCUGUUAAUGGUGGGCAGUUUCAUUCGCAAUUUGGAAAUUUCGCAUUCACAGUCCGAGGUAACAAAUGUCAACCGCCGCCCACAGAUGGAGCAAUUUAGGCUGGUUAAUGUGCUUGAUAAAUGUUUGCAGCAGUCUGGUGUUGACACCAACCAACAGCCAUGAGCUUUUGACUACCAACAGAACCAAGAGGAGUCUGAAAUGCAUACCCAUGAUCAAACAUUUUGAAGUGGAGCUGUAUGAGGCAUUACAACCUGGUGAGCGAAUGGGCCUUACGGGGGACCACGUAAAGCUGGGCCACUGGAUCGUUGAGAAAAGUCUGGAAAUGAAGCAGCGAAGGCGAAAUCCUCUAAAGUGGUAUUUGAAAAUACCCAUGUGCUCGGCGGCACGCAUCUAUUAUCGCUUCUUCGUCUAUUACAAGGAUUCACGAGGACUGAAGAGAAUACGGCGAUGGGAGGGACAACAGCACGCUCGCGUUCUCGAGGCCUACGAAAUGUACCGCAGUCGGGGCUCUUUGAAAUUCGGUGAGGCGCAUCCGACCGCAAUUGGAGGGGGUGUGCAGAGCGAAAGAGGCUGGUUGCGUGGAGAACAGGUAGUCCAAAUGAAAUUUAUAUGGCCGCAGCACAUACGUUUCACAUCGUUUUCGCAUUUCAUACGAAAUCUCGAGUACAACCUAAAGGUGGAGAGUUUUCCCAUUGAUGAGCCUUCGGCAGAGCUGAAUGCAGAUGUCGAGAUUGAAGUGGCUCGUUUCAGUAUUAAAAACUCGCACUUGCGAGCACAGGCUGAUCUCGGCGAAUACUAUAAACCAGGCCAGGUACUAAUCUACCACGUAACUGUUCCUUUGGGCUUCGAUAACUACUAUGUCCUUAACAUCGAGUCAAAGGAGGGGGAGCACUUGGGUGCGGUCACCAUUUCUGGGUCAUACUUUCAGAGCGGAGAAGACAUAUUAGAGUUGCCGAUCUACGAAAAAUGGCAAAAGCAAAGGAUAGGAUGGCUAACACUGCCAUAUGUUCGCAUAGAUCCACUGCCCAUUGCUGGAGAAUUUAACUUCCGCUCCAGUUUCCAUCACUACUGGCCAGCCAACUGGCCCACCCUCGAUGUGGCUCAUCGAGGAAUGGGCAAAAGCUUCUACUAUCACUCGGCGAGGGCUUUAGAAAACACAAUCCAAAGUUUCCUUAAGGCCUAUAGGCUGCACAGCGACAUGGUGGAGCUGGACAUUCAACUUACAAAGGAUUACGUCCCGAUUGUUUUCAGCGACUGUGGUUUCUACACGGUCGACCAUAGGAACAAACUAUCCAACUUCGACAUGCAUUUCGUCUACAUCAAUGAGAUGACGCUUGCAGAACUGCGUCGCCAGAGAGUGUUUGUGUUCCUAAAUGGAGCUAUGGUUGAGCUGUCGCAUCUGAAUUCAGACUAUGUAGAUGAACGGGAAAUGCUUUUCCCCCGUUUGGAGGACGUUUUCAAAUAUCUGCCGUCUUCAUUGGGUCUUAUAAUGGAAGUGAAAUGGCCGCAGCUGCUGAGCAGCGGUUCACUCGAAUACCCACAGUCCUUGGAUAAGAACAGAUAUGUCGACACCAUCCUAAUGAUCAGCAUCCAGUAUAGUUGUGGGCGUCCUUUGAUUUUCAGUAGCUUCGAUGCGGAUGUAUGCAGCAUGAUUCGGGUCAAACAGCACGUCUUCCCCGUCGUUCUGUUGACAGUCGGUCAGCAGAGUCCAUGGGAAUCGUACGCGGAUCUUAGGACAAGAUCUCUAGGAAGUGCCAUAAACUUUGUCCAAUCGUCUGAGAUUCUGGGAACGGCUAUUUAUGCAGGUGACUUGGACCAGUCGGUUCAAGAGGAGGAGGUCGAUGCAAUGUUCCAACUGCAGCAGGUUCUGUUUGUGUGGGGAGAUCAAUUGAACAGUUCGGCAGCUCUGAACAGCUUAAGGCGCCUGGAGGUGGCCGGCGUGAUCUAUGACCAUUUGGACGAGUUGCUGGAAGAGAGCAAGCGUUUCUCAUUCUUCAAGGCACCUGAGAUGCAGCACAUAUUUUUGAGGCAGUGCAUUGUUGCUGGCAAUAUUACUGCAAGUGAAGGGGCACCCGACACCCAUUCCCCAUUUUGGCCUCGGGUGCGUACUGCCGACGAGCUAUAGAUGCCGACCGUAAAUUUAUUUCAAUGAAACAAAUAAAUUGAGACCACAUUAAGAA